UCUUUUUCAUUUUUCGACCUCUGCUAGUACAUUUGAGCUUUGGGUGCUUUUGCUAUGGAUAAAAGUCCUGCUAGGGAUGAUGCUAGUAUUGUAGGAUGUAGAGAAUCUCUGAUUGUGACUCAUCUCUUAGGGAGUUUUCUGACUUGAGGGAGUGAAGUAUUCGACUUUUGAAUUGAAGGUGGACAGAUUUGUUAGCAUUCAAAUCUCAGAAUAAAAACGAUGUAGUAGCUUCUUGCGUUUGAAUUUCUUGUUUGGGUUUCUCAAAAACAAGAAAAGAAAGUAACUAGAGGAAAGAAAAAGAGUUGUUACUGUUAUGUUGUUCUACAUCUCGCCCUUUAUAUAGCAAAAAGUACUAAUGUUAACUUUUUAUAUACAAUUGGUAAUGCACUCGUUAAUCAUCAUAAGGGUUUUCCCUUUACCUCCUUUUCCCUCUAAUUGUGGAAUUGAAAACCAUUGCCUUCUAAAUAUUUAAGGAAAAGGAAUAAUACUGGUUUCUUUCUAACUUGCAUCAUUUCUGUUAUCCUCAAGACUAAGCUUAUGACUGUAAUGUGAUUAUCCACAGUGCUUUACAAUUUCCAUGGUGCUUGUGGAUGGAAGAAAAUCAUGCUUUCUUCCCUGAUUGAUUGGAGACAGCUAUAAUGAAUAGCUAGGAUUUCUAAUUAUCUUCACGAGGGGAAGUAGAAUUUAAUUUUUUCUUUCAGAUAGGACUAGAGAUUAUAUCUAGCUGUGAUAAGAAUGUUUGGCUGAAACUCAACAAAAUACUUCUUUACAUGUUUAAUUUCUGAAUGAAUCAAGAUAACAAGUGUUCCAUGAAGCUGAUUUGGAUUUAUUAAUUGAAUAAAGUGUUAACCUUUUGACAAUUGAUACAAGGUAUCUUUUUUAAGCAUGGCAGCAGAAUUGCAUAUCCUGAAGUGGAGUGAGAUGCCAUGGCAAAGCAUUUUCUUCAGGAUUGUUUUCCAUAAAUUUUUGUUUGCUUAGAAAUAAAAUUAUGUUCCUGUAUGUACGGCUUGUAUCUAUAUUAGAUUAGAAUAUUGCAUGACCUAUUCUGAGCAUAUCUUGUUACGAUGAUGUUCAAUGUUAUUGAAUUUAUGCUUUUGAUUCUCAUCAAGCAAGUGGGCAACAAUCUUUUCUAUAUAUUUUCCUUUUGUCUAUGAAAAUAUUAAUUUCGUGUGUAUAUGUUCUACCAUCCCAAUAUCAUAUUAGAAUGCUUCAUGAGCUAUCUUGAGCAUAUCUUUUUGUAUUCUUUUCUAUAUUCUUGAAUUGUGUCUUAUAUCAGCUUUUGAUUCUUAUCUAGAAAACAUUUUGUCUCAGCAUAUGAGGAUCAAUUUUCUUUAGUGCUCUGCUACUUCAUAGAACCUGAGGUCAUUACAUAGUUCUCAGUAAGCUUCAUCUUUUGCAGUCUAAAUUGUGUCAUCAGGUCUCUCAUUUCAGGUCAUUUCAAAUUCAGGUCAUUCUGACACGAGUUAUUCGGGUUCGGGUAUUUCGGGUGCAAGUUGUUAACUUUUAAAGUAAAAUCAAUUUAAAGUCGGGUUAUUUCGGGUGAGACUUUCAUGUUGUUUGGGUUUGGGUCAAUUUGGGUUCAGGUCUUUUCAGGUUUAGGUCAUUUCAGGUUCAAGGUGGGCAAGUUUGGCUUGUCGACUCUUCGUAAUCAAAUCAGAUUGGAUUGGCUUUUGUUUCGGAUGGGUCAGGAUCCCUUGAAAAAUGGUGUUUUGGCAGUACAAACAAUACGCAACAACAUAAUGGCAUCUACACUUUUGGCAACAAUAGCAAUCACUCUUAGUUCACUGAUUAGUGUUUUUGUUAGCAGCAGCUCAGAUUCUGGCAAUGCAACUUCAGAAAUAGUUUAUGGCAAUAAGAGUCCUCUACUCUCUUCAAUAAAAUAUUUUUCCAUCUUGCUGUGUUUCCUUGUUGCCUUUCUUUGCAAUGUGCAGUCUAUUAGAUACUAUGCCCAUGUAAGCUUCUUGGCUACUCUCCCUUCAUCAAGAGACAAUAUGGAAACUGUUGAGUAUGUUGCAAGAAACUUAAAUAGAGGAAGUUAUUUCUGGUCGCUUGGACUUCGAGCCUUUUACUUAGCCUUCCCCCUAUUGCUUUGGAUCUUUGGGCCCAUACCCAUGUUUUUGUGCUGCUGCGUGAUGUCUUUUCUUCUCUAUUUCUUGGACACAACAAGCAAUUUCACACGUGAUCUUCACCGUCGCUCAUUCAAAGAGGACAUGUUGAAAGGUGUUGAUCUGGAAUCGACAGGUCCAUUAUCGGAGAAAAUUCCUUUUGGAGAAUCCAACCUUUAUUGCCCUCUACUACAUGCUGGCACCAAUUUUUCGUGAAUCUCAAAUCUCCCCUAAUCAAGAGUGUAGAAGAUGCCUACUCCAAGAUUUAAUGGUAAUUCUUCAGGAUCUAUCAAAGUAGACAUACUAUUAGUUUUUGAUGGAACUAGAGUUGUGGAAGAUUCAUUAAAACCUUAGUCACUAAGGUGGUAUUCGGGAUUGUUAAUACCACAUUAGAAAAUCAGCAGUUCCAAAAGUUAGUGUUGAAUUGGUUUGAUUCUUUGAUGAGGAUGGGAGCUCUACGAAAGUUGAGGUUCCACCUACAUCAUCAGCAGCACAGGAACGCAUUAUUUUGCAUCAAUAUAUUCCUAGCUUGAAAUAUUAUUA